AUGUCAGAAACUGAGCUGGAAAAGAUAAAAGUAAGAACAUCUGAGCAUUUUGAAAAUGAUAAAAAUAACAUUUCUUGGUUGAAAGAAGAUAUGCAACUCACAAAUGAAAGGCAUGCAGACGAGAAACCCAUUAAUGCUAUCGUUAUAAAUUCAGUAUCCGAAUUCAAUAUCACAGAUGGACCAGCCAAGGAAACCCCCAAUGAGAAAAAACUGUCAGAAUCCAGCACAUCACUGUCCUCCCUUGAAGAAUGCCAAACGAAAUUUUCCUACCUCCAAACUGAUACUUCAGUUCAUCACAGAGACACUGAUGAGGAGUGUGCCUCCCUGAUCCUCACCUGUCUGUUUUGCCAGUUUUGGGACUGUCUCCUGAUGCUCCCCGAUACGUGCGAAACAGUGUGUACCAACUUGUGCUGCCCCUCUCACAGGUACCACCCCACUUCGGAUGAAAACCACUCUCGGAAUGAUUGUAACUGCAACUGUGACAUGGACUGCAGCCUUUUUGAAUCUUGCCACGAGACCAGCGACUGUUUGGAGCUGGCCAUGGAGAUUUCAGAAAUCUGCUACCGCUAG